AUUUCGAAUUUCUGUCGUGACUUCAUAUGUGAGAUUUUACGUGUUCGUCACAUUACUAUACUUUACUCUACACUCCCCUUUCGAAAAAAAUAAUAAGGAAUAACAUUUUCGCUAUUAAUUUUAAGGGCGUCGGGCGGCCAAGUUGCAAGACAAGUGUGUUCCCUAUACACAAUAUGUGAAAAUCUAGAAUCAAUUGAUUCACAAGUGGCAGCUAUACGUACGGAGCAAGAUCGCCAAGCAAAUCUUUUGGAAGACUUGAACACCAAUCUUGACCCCUUUCUAAACAAGGUCGAUCCUGUGCCCUCCAGCUGUUUUGAAGCCUUACGGGGUUCACAAAACAGUUCCAUUCGUACGAUACUUGUGCCGGAGUACAGUGGAAGCUCCUUUGAAGUGGCCUGCGAUCAGUUUAGAAUGGGCGGAGGCUGGACCAUUAUCCUGCGCCGAAGGGAUGGAAGUGAGGACUUUUACCGCGAUUGGAGUGACUACAAGCACGGCUUUGGCGAUCUGAGCAACGAGUACUUCCUGGGCCUGGACAAACUGCACCACAUGACCAAUUAUCAGCAGCAGGAACUCCUGGUUGUUAUGGAAUCCCCGGAGGGAGAGCAGGCCUAUGAGUUGUAUAGCAACUUUAGAAUCGGACCAGAGAGCAGUGCUUAUACCUUGGAAACCGUGGGAACGCCUUCUGGAGACGCCGGCGAUUCACUUACCUAUCACUUGGGCAUGAAGUUUUCCAUUAAAGAUCGCAAAAACGACGUAGAUUCCAGGAAUUGUGCACAAUCUUUUACAGGCGCUUGGUGGUACAAAUCAUGCCAUACCAGCAAUCUAGCUGGAAAAUAUGGCGAUAUUACGUUUGGAAAAGGACUGAACUGGAAAUCAUUUACGGGACAUGAAAGCUCUCUGAGACGUGCCACAAUGAUGAUCCGUCCAAAAACUAAUUAAAUUAAUUUAAUUUAUAAAACUAAAAUGAAUAGUUGUAAACAACUGAAUAAAUAUAAAAAGUAGUUUAAAAGAAUACAA